GAACAUUGGAACAAUAAGGAGAGGGAGGGACGAGAGAGAGGGAACUGGGGAAGGAAGGAGUGUGUUGUUUGUGCGGGCGCGCGUGUUUGGUUUACUGCAUCACUUUGUCAGUGGGAGGAGAACUAAGCUCCUUGCUGCAAGUUCGGCUUUGAAAAGAAAAAUGGCUACACGAUCGACGCACAACAGACAUGAUGGAAACAAAGGUGCCAUCAAAAUUCAGAAGAGAUUCGUCCCUAAAACUAAUAAUUCGACGAGAGAACCCGUCGCCAAUUCUACUCUCUCAACUUCUCUGAGACGGUCUUCCCCGAGGAAAUCAAAUGAUGCCGAGAUUUCAAUCGGUGGCGGUGGCAGCAACCCCAGUUCGACGGCUAGGGUUCGAUUGGGAGAGAACGGUGACUGGGCUUCUAGCAGAGAACGUGGUGGUAAUUUCGUAAAUUACUUGCCCCAAGACGAGGCUGUCGCCGCCGGUCUCGGGGUCGAGGAUGGUGGUUUGAAUCCCGUCGAGUCUCAGCGAGUGGUCGACCUUCUCAACAGAGAAUUAUCUCGGUUGCUCAAGUUGAGCCCAAGAGAUUUCUGGAAAGAAGUGGCCAGCAACACUUCUUUGCAUCAUUUUAUGGAUAGUUUUCUGCAAUUCCGAAAUAGAUGGUACGACUUCCCUCAUCAUGGAGCCAAGGGAACAGUUGCAGGGGUCAUUGUUGGAGAAUUUGAGCUAAGUCGCCGUGUCUUCAUGCUCUUUUAUCGCAUAUCUUCUAAUAGGGACCCUGGUGCCCGGGCCAGUUAUAGCCUCAGUGCAAAGGAGCAUGGAGCCCUUUUGCAGGAAAAGAAGCUGCUCGACUUGCCAAAGUUGUUAGAUAUAUGUGCUAUAUUUGGUCAUGAAAAUGAAGAGCUUACCAGGUUAUUGGUGAGAUUUUACAUUCAUAUGGCUCAUAGCUUCACAUAUUUUAUUUUCUUUUAA